GGCUCCCGAAGCUUAUGUAAGACAAAGACCGCCUCCAAAAACGGAGUGACGUGAGACCCACGCUUCUAGAGCGACCACCACCACCACGGCGAAAUGUCGACCAUUGUAGAACGUCCUCCUUCUCUCCCUGUACUACCUGCACCAGCGGUUAUACCACAACGGCGACCCAGAGAGCUUGACAUCGAGAUCAUCGAUGUUGACUUGUGGGAGGAUGCACCUUCGAGACCUGCCCAGCGCCGACGAACGUCUCCUGACUUCAUCUCCUUACUUGAUGACAGCGACGUAGAGGAAAUAGAGGGGCCAGUGGCAUCCGGAAGCAGUCAUACGCGUCGGGCUGCUACACGGCGGCUGUUCUCACCACCUCCACCAGAUCCUCAAGCUGAGGUCGUUCCAUCUGUUCCACCUAUUCCCGCUCGCUUUUCCAUGUUUCCGAUGCGUCGCGAGCCUCCUCCGCAUCCAAUAGCCACUCCGAUAUUAGCCAGGCCCAACCCAUUUGAUUUCGAAGUCAAUAUUCGUGGACCAUCGACCCCAGCAACCGCCUCGUCUGGGGACCUUCCCUUGGAUGCAGGUCGCCCACGUCGUCUGCCCCGAAUCACUCUUGGUGGUGCUACAAUGUCCACAGGACAUGCCCAGCGUGCUCAGGAGCAGCGGGACCGUGAACGACGUCUGCAGGCACAUGUUCAGAAUGGGAUACGGCUCAGGUGGGAUCCGCGAAGAAUACAUAUAGGGAACGGGGUCAAUUCUCUCGCGUUGGACCAUGAUGCACACGACGACAAUACUAUGCGUCACCUGAACUUCCUCCUCUUCCCCCCAGAGCUGCACGAUGAAUAUGCGAUGGGAGACGUAUAUUUCAGAACUCGUCGGAACUUGAUGGCUAACUCGCAACCGCACGAGGUGGAUUACAAACCUCAAUAUACACAUCCUGGUCUGCCGGAACCUGGUUUUACCUUUGAUUUCGCUCCAUCAACAUCCGAAUCCUCUCCAUUCAUCACAUCCGUGUCUAACCCGAUCAUCAUUGACGACGAUGAGCUCGUUGCCAGCAGUUCUUCAGGUUCAGUCACAGCAGCAGCUACUUCGACUUCAUCUUCGGGCCUUGACCUGAAAGCAACUCUUGUCUGCGCCAACUGCAAUGAGCCUCUGUAUCAAAGCGGCAGCGGAAUUGCGGAGGAUCAAAGGAGGCGAAGAAUAUGGUCACUCAGAUGUGGGCACCUGAUUGAUGGCAAAUGCGCCGACCGGCUUUCGGUGCCUCAAGCUCCGCCUCAGGAUGUCCCUGCUGAAUCAAACAAUGGGAAGGAAAAAGCGACAGCAAGUGUAGAGACAGUUGGCACUACGGAGGAGACAAACUCUAUCAGAUCAAGGUUGCGGUCCAGUCACAAGGCGAAUGCUGGGCUCCUACAACGAAUCAUACCUUCGAUACUCAAGCGGAAGGGCAAAGCCAAGUCGCAGGUCGAGGCAGAACACCAGUGGACUUGCCCGGUAAACGGAUGUGGGCGAGUACAUACAAGUGUCAAGACAGAUGGCAUUUGGGGUCCUGACAAGGUCAAAGGUGAAGGUAUCAUUGGCGUAUUUGUGUAGAGCGGCUCUUGGCGCAUUGAGACUGCUGGCCGUAAUAAAAGUCGGAUUUUAUUAGUUCACUGAACUACUUGGUUGCAAUCGAAUUCUGGAACGGCACUCUCAAUGACGGUACUUCCGGCCGUCUGAGUCGGACCUCUGAUAGAGAUACCGAACUAUAUGUAGUGUGGACAGGCCUCCGAUUUGCUCCCACUGCGUCAAUCCUCGUAAGUUCUAGCCCUU